CACAGUACUGUUAAUGUCGAAGAUAAGACUGCCUGUGUGCUUUGCUCCUUGUCUCUAAGGUGCUGGUCACAUUUGGGUGGUCAGCAGGUGAUCUCCUUACAGCAGCGUGGCUGUGUCCAUCAUGGUGCAGUCCAGCAUGACGUCCUGCAUGCUCUAGGCUUCCACCAUGAGCAGAACUGCGGUGACCGGGACAAUAAUGUCACCGUUGUCACAGAGAACAUCAGCAAAGGCAAGGAACACAUCUUCAGAAAGGUGGAAACCAAUAAUUUGAUGAUUCCGUAUGACUACACCGCUGUGAUGCACUAUGAAAGGUAUGCAUUCGCUAAAGAUUAUGGUAAGCAGCCAACUAUCAUUCCAAAGCCAGACUCUAGUGUUCAGAUCGGAGGGGGCCGACAGAUGAGUCGCCAGGACAUCGUGAGGGUCAACAGGUUGUUCAACUGCAGAGAGUAUUGGGCUUUAUUAUACUAUAUCUUACAAUGGAAAAUACAUGUUUUCUUUCAAUCGUGCGUUUCAUAACAUGAGAAUAAAUGUUUGUUUUUUGUGAACUUUGUCAACACUGCUGAUGUUGUGCCUUUUUAUGUUUGUUUUUUUGUACUUUCACCCCAAUGGGAGGACACUUGAAUAAAUGAAUUUAGAAGACUACAUCAGAUAUUUCAACCAACAACUAUUUGAAAUAAAAUCAAAUGGCAGCUAAUCAAUUAGCUUUCUGGAUGAGGUCAAAUUCACUUCGCACAAUACUCAUCGCUGUAUGUUGUGUUGUGGAUGCUUCACCACCCAGUUGGUUGCAAUUAUUCUCUCACCCAAAUGUUUAAAAAAAUGGUUGUCUUUUUGACACUGGUGUUAUAGAUAUUAUUUUGGGUGAUUGUGAGACAUUCUGUACUCAAUGUUCUAUUGUGUUGGUUGUGUGGUUAAUGUUAAUGUGAUUUCAUAUCCUGUGUUUCCCCCAUUUAUUAGCAUUCAGAAUCUUGACGGUUACUGCACUGUAUCUAGCUGCAUUCAUAUUUGCUCAAUAAAAGCUCAC